AGAUAGAAAAAAGUGCCUAAAAAGGCCUCGCAAUCGCGCAUGGCGAUGGAGUGAGAGAGUAUUUUAGUGUAGAAAUUGGUGUCGCAGCUUGAGCGAGACUUGCGGUGUAUUUUUACAAUAGCUUCAGCACACGUGGAAGAUUGGACUUCCAAUGUCGUUUUUUCUGCCAGCUUGCGGUUGAUCCGGAUGGUAGUCAAGGAAGUCGCUCUUUGUGAAUUUUCUGUGGCUGCGAUUUGUAGUUGCUCUCGCUGAGUUUGUGCGGGACGCUGUACGUUCUUGGCAAAGCAGGGGCGAGGUGUUGUUAAGAAAGUCGAGGGAGAGAGAGAGUGUGUGUUUCGAGUGACGAUUUUCGUUGCGGUAGUAGUCGAAUCACGUUGUAGUUAGCUCGGAAAGUUCUUGGAAGGGAACGUGGGGAGAUGAGAUGAGAUGAGACGAGACGAGGCUUUGGCGUAUUCGAGGAGAAGAUGCCGAUCUUCGAUGUCCUGUGGAGGAUGACUUUUUCUGUGCGCGCAUGCACACUGCGGUUUCUGUGGCAAGUUCGAAGCGAACUUAGUGAAUGAGCGACUUCUUUUUGGAAGCUAGUGCACGAAUGUUCAUCACCGUUGUGUAGUCGUUAGAGCUUAGUUUUCCUUUUUUGCUUCAGUUAGCGGUGGUUGAUAGAAAGUUCAACUGCAGCGUGGUUUCCAUAGAUUUGGAGCAUCUAUGUAGUUUGUGCUCAUUGUUGGAUCUUCAAACGCUGAAUUAGAUUGAGAAGGUCUGCUGUUUUUUUUUUAUAUUUGUCUUGACGGAACUUGAGAGUGCGAGAAAGAACGCGAUAUUCUACUCUGUGCACGAAUUAGAUCUUAGGUUAAUUUCGUCGAUUUCAUCCACUUGGAGCUCUUUGCGAGAGACUUCGAGUUUCAAGUAGGGAGCCAAAUGGAGCAUGCAGUCAUUGCCAUCGGGAUUGCGCACCAUCUCUUUGAAUUGGACUGCACAUUGAAAUGAUCAUUUCAGAAAAUUGAUUCGUCGAUUGGAGCCUCAUCCUUAUACUUCGUUUUCGAAAUGACAAACUGAUUUUUCUUCCAACAUCAACUCAGGCCCUCACUGCAGAAUUAGUCAAAUCACUGAAAAAAAAUGAUGACUUGAAGAAAAAAAUCGGUCAUUGAUCUGUGGCAAUCUUUUGCUGCACCUCUAGUUCUGGCUACUGACAAUUAUGCCUUUUUUCAGACCGCUUCCCAAGGCAUCCCCAGAACCAGGUGGCAAAGUUAACCGAUCAGCCAAAAGGGCGUUUGGUCGGGACGUGAUGAGGAAAAAAUUCCUCAGAAGGAAUACACUUCCCGAAAUUCAAGAGGAAGGUUUGUUAACUCCUCUACACCGCCCACCAUCCUAUUCCGAAUGCGGUUUCUACCCUCCAAAUUCAAAGAGGGUGCGUGAUAUAGAAGCAGGACCAGACCCUCAUUAUCACCCAUUACAUUCAAAUGUCGAGAUGGCAGCAGCAUUGGUUGAUCAGGCAAUGCAGGGAAGAUUCCUACCACUGGCUGUGGUUUAUCACAGAGAUUACGACGGUGCAAAGCGUGGCUUCAUUCUUUACCACCGGCUUUUCCACGCCAGGGCUCUAGUUUACGUAAUUCUAAUGUUCUUGCCUUUCUUUGAGAUUCCGGCUUGGUGCAAUGGAAAAUUACCAAAUCCUUGUGGUGAACCAAAAAAAUAUCUUCUCAGCGGUUUGCCCUACAUCCAUCCACAUGUAUCUUUAGUGAUCGAGACAUGCUGCGUGCUAGUUCUGGCGUGGUCUGUCGCAUUGCAACGAUACUUCUUGGGUUCUAAAUUUUGGCAGAACCAACAUUCUGUAUAUAAGAUGGCUUUACUUCUGGCGAUGUGUAUUUCUAUCUCUGCAUCGAGUUUAGGAAUAGCAGAAUAUCAAGACAUUAAAAUAUCGAUGUAUUUGAGGAUUCUUAUCCCGAUAACGUUCAGCAGGGCUAUACGUGGUUGCUUUCGCAGGACAGUGCUCAUUGUGCACACGUUCAUGGAUAUUACGGGCUUGGUGGUGAUUUUUGUAAUGCUCUCUGCAUGGCUUGCUACGACUUUCUUCUCAGAAUCCACACUUGAAUUCAAGGAUUAUGGCACUUCCUUGUUAAACCUCUUUGUGCUGCUGACUACUGCAAACAAUCCUAGUGUUUGGUCUACAGCUUAUCGAACAAAUCGAUUAGCGUUUUUCUUUUUCUCCACAUACUUACUUGUUGGAUUCUUCUUCUUGAUGAACUUGGCCUUUUCUGUAAUUUACAGCAACUACAAAGCUCAGAUGGCUGUGGAAGUAGCUAAACGAACUACUGCAAGGCAAGGAAAUUUAAAGGCAGCGUUCAGUCUUCUGGAUGUUCGCCAUCAGGAGUGGAUUGACGGUGCUACUAUGAUAGCUCUGUUCCUUGCAAUCGGUCGGUACAGGCACAUAUCUGAUAUUCGAGCACGGACUAGUCACCUGUUCUUAGCUCUCAACAGACGGGGAGAUUUUAAGAUCUGGUCUGAUGAGUUUGAGGAGCUCUGCGAUGUUAUAGCAAAAGAGGUUGAAAGCCCACCGGACUUAUUCCAAUCACGGCGACGAAUGAGUAAAAAUGAGAUGCAGUUUGUGACUCACCCUGUCUAUACAUAUGUAACAUGGGCACUAACGCUUGGUUCUUUGGCCGCGGCUAUCACACAGUUGAAUGUUGGCGGCAGUGCACAGGUCCUGCUUCUCAGCAUCGAGUUUCUGUUUGGUUGGGUGUUUGCAAUGGAUGCGUUACUUAAGGUCUAUCUGCAAGGUUGGAAAUCUUAUUGGAGCAGCACAUUGAACGCAUUCGACUUUGUGGUCACCCUACUGAUUCUAGCACUUCACUUCAUCUCAUUCUUUAAUGAGAAUGCCCGUCCCUGGGUGACAUAUCUACUCUUAGUGCGGGGACUCAGAACUUUCGCUCUUGUGUCUUUGAUUACACGCUGGCGUCUGAUGGUCCAAACGUUGAUAAUUGUAAUCCCCGCUACAGCCCCGAUUUUAGCUCUCCAGUUUCUGGUCUGCUCCAUGUUCUCUGUCCUGGGGAUGCAUUUAUUUGGGGGGCUCGUUUAUGAAGGUAAUUAUGCGCUCGCAGGCACCGAAUAUCUGACCCUGGGGUUUGAAGCAUUCAAUUACAACGACUAUGCAUCAGCUAUGGCUACCUCGUUUAAUUUAUGUGUGGUCAACAAAUGGUAUGUGAUAAUGGACGGCUAUGCAGCUGCCACAAAUAGUAGAUGGUCGCGGAUUUAUUUCAUGACAUUUUGGGCAAUAGCUGUUGUCUUUACAUUAAAUGUGGUGGUCGCCUUCUUCACCGAAGCUCUCACUUGUCAAAUGGAGAAGGCUGAGCGGAUAAGAGCUCGAGAAAUGAGGCGCAAUCAGGAAGAAACAUCUGCGCCAGUGAGGAGAAGAUCUGGAUUGAACCUGCCCUUUCGUGUCACGAGGUCUUUAUCCUAUUAUGACCUCUACGAAGAUAUCGUGAAGAAAACUUGAUUUGAUCGCUUAUUCGCAGCUAAGAUCCCUUAAAUUUCUAGCCUCUCAAAAACUGGAUUGGUGAGGAGACUUCUUUUGUUGUGAGCCAAAAUUGUCUAUCCGGAUGGGUUAUGGCAGGAUUCUGAUGAUGAAGAGAUGGUUCGAGUUGGAAAAUGUGCGUGACAUUCAGCUUAGUGGACCUGUCUCUCGAGCAGGGACACUUCCCAGCAUCUGACUUUGCUUUAAAAGUUUUAUUGAACGUGUGAACUUUGUUAAGGUCACUUGGCACUAAGAAAGGUCAAUUGGAAUCCACUAGCAACAAGAACAGCUUUCUUCAAAUGACCUAUUUCGUCGCUUGUUACAACCUAGAGUCGCUUCUGCGAAGAGCAGUGCAUUUGGCUUGAGAUACGACAGGUGAAUUUCACAUACAACGUGUCAUUUCUCAGGUUGCAUGCACAGUACAUGAAUACAAAGUUUCAAUUUGUCACGAA